AUGCUUACGGAGCGUCCUCUUAUCACCCCUUCCCAGAAACCAAAAGUUCUCAUUGUUGGCGCAGGACUCUGUGGACUGACUCUGGGAAUUCUGCUGGAGAAGGCAGGAGUUCCAUACGAUAUCUAUGAAAGAAUGACCCAAGUCAAACCCCUUGGUUCGGCAUUAUCGCUUGGGCCGAACGUCGCCCCUCUUUUCAUCCAGAUGGGGAUUUACGAUGAGUUUAUAAAGCUUGGGAAAAUGUGUUUCAGGAUGGACAACUACAAUGAUAACCGAGAGCUCGAGUUUUCAAAGGACUUUACGCCCAUGAACGAACAUGGCGUGCAGAUCCAGUUCUCGGAUAACUCGACCGCUGAGGGCGAUAUUCUCGUGGAAGCCGAUGGCGCAUAUAGCGGCGUCCGAGAGCAGCCAUACUCUUGGGGGACCUUUCCCUGCGAGAACAACAUCUACUGCUGGGGCGUGAUUCAGUACCUGGGUAAGGAGACGUCCAAGGAACAUGAUAGCUUCCGCAACUUGGAGUGGGGUCCUGAUGCAGCCCAGGCGAUGUGCAAAGACGUUCGCGACUUUGCAAUCCUCGGAGGUGUGAACGGCGACUUGACCAUCGGCGACCUUAUUGAGAACUCGCCCUUGAUCUCCAAGGUCAUGUUGGAAGAGAAGGUCUUUGAGACGUGGUACCAUGGAAGGACGGUACUUAUGGGUGAUGCUGCUCAUAAGGAUGCUGCUGCAUUGGCCAACUGGAUCGGUGUCUUGUCCUCAACAUCCAUCGAAGACACCGAAGAGGUCUUCGAGGAGUACCGCAAUGAGCGAUUGCCUGUCGCCAAGGCGGCGUUUGCCUCUGCACAAGCACUGUUAAAACUUCGGACAACAAUACGACAUUCAUGA